AUGGUCACUGUUCAUUCUUCUUUCUUCCUCUACGGAACGAUGUUUACGACAGAACGACUAAGCCUGCGUGCCGUCCGCGAAUCCGAUUACGAUAACCUCGUCCGAGUGUGGAACACGGAGUCUGUUUCUCGACUUGCAGGUGCUAACUACUACGUGGUGCCUCACGGUCCAAAGCUCAAACAGACCCUCGACGAUAUCGUGAAUAAGAGCACAUUUUUUGCGAUAAUCGAGACCAACGACAAAGGGGAGGUACCAGCAUUUGUGGGCAUCGUCAGGAUGGACAUAGCUUGUCCAAAAAAUCGCGAUGCAGAGUAUGGAAUUUCAUUGAUGCCAGAAUUCUGGGGUCGAGGUUAUGGAAAGGAGGUGACGAGGUUUAUGGUUAACUAUGCAUUUGAUGAGAUGGCGGCACAUCGAGUCUCUUUGUGGGUUUUCAGUCAUAACACUGUCGCCCUUGCGUUGUAUAAAAAAAUAGGAUUCAUUGAGGAAGGCAGAAGAAGGAAAUCGAUCUGGGUGGGUGGUAAAUGGGAAGAUUUUAUAAUGAUGGGAAUUCUUGAGGACGAAUGGAAAACUCUAGAAAACUAG